CUCCGUGCGUGAAGCCGCGGCCUGGAUGGACUGGUGAAUUCUGUCCAAAUUCACACGAAUUCGGCGAGUUGAGUAGACAAGAGAGCCACCAAAAUGCCGGCGUAUUUUCAGCGCCCAGAGAAUGCUCUGAAACGAGCGAAUGAAUUUCUGGAAGUUGGCAAGAAACAACCUGCAUUGGAUGUUUUGUACGAUGUCAUCAAGAGCAAGAAACAUCGAACAUGGCAGAAGAUCCACGAGCCCAUUAUGCUCAAAUACUUGGAGCUUUGCGUGGAUCUUCGCAAGAGCCACCUGGCAAAGGAGGGUCUCUACCAGUACAAAAACAUUUGCCAGCAGGUUAACAUCAAAUCUUUAGAGGAUGUGGUUAGGGCUUACUUGAAGCUGGCGGAGGACAAGACCGAAACGGCUAAAGAGGAGUCCCAGCAGAUGGUCCUAGACAUCGAGGAUUUGGACAACAUCCAGACUCCAGAAAGUGUGCUUCUGAGUGCUGUGAGUGGAGAGGACACUCAGGAUCGUACCGAUCGUCUGCUCCUCACUCCGUGGGUGAAAUUUCUGUGGGAGUCUUACCGCCAGUGCCUAGACCUCCUCCGAAACAACUCCAAGGUGGAGCGCCUUUAUCAUGACAUCGCCCAGCAAGCAUUCAAAUUUUGCCUUCAGUACACCCGAAAGGCAGAGUUUCGCAAGUUGUGUGACAACCUGCGAAUGCAUCUGGGUCAAAUUCAGCGACACCACAACCAAAGCACUGCCAUCAACUUGAACAACCCUGAAAGUCAGUCCAUGCACCUGGAGACGCGUCUGGUGCAGCUUGACAGUGCCAUAAGCAUGGAGCUCUGGCAGGAAGCAUUCAAGGCUGUUGAGGACAUCCAUGGUCUGUUUGCUCUUUCCAAGAAGCCACCCAAACCCCAGCUAAUGGCCAACUAUUAUAACAAGGUGUCAACUGUGUUUUGGAAGUCCGGAAAUGCCCUUUUCCAUGCGUGCACCCUUCACCGGCUUUAUCACCUCUUCAGAGAGAUGCGUAAGAAUCUCACACAAGAGGAGAUGCAAAGGAUGUCUACCAGAGUCCUCCUGGCCACUCUCUCCAUUCCCAUUACCCCUGAGCGCACAGAUAUUGCUCGGCUGUUGGACAUGGAUGGUAUCAUUGUCGAGAAACACCGCCGGCUAGCAACCCUCCUGGGUCUACAAGCUCCACCAACCCGCCAAAGUCUGAUCAAUGACAUGGUGAGAUUCAACAUGUUGCAGUAUGUGGUACCUGAGGUGAAAGAACUUCACAACUGGCUCGAAGUCGACUUCCAUCCUUUGAAGCUGAGUGGAAGAGUAACCAAGGUGUUGAAUUGGGUGAGAGACCAAGGUGAAAAGGAGUCUGACCUUCAGCACUAUGUCCCUCACCUGCAAAGUAACACCAUCUUGCGUCUCCUGCAACAAGUUGCACAGAUCUAUCAGAGCAUUGAGUUCAGCCGUCUGGCCUCCCUUGUUCCAUUCGUGGAUGCCUUCCAGCUGGAGCGCUCCAUUGUUGAUGCUGCCAGGCACUGUGAUCUGCAGGUUCGAAUUGACCACACCUCUCGGACGUUGAGUUUUGGAUCUGACCUGAACUACUCGACUAAAGAGGAUGCUCCAGUUGGUCCCUUCUUGCAAAACAUGCCGUCUGAGCAAAUAAGGAACCAGCUGACUGCUAUGUCUGCCUCUUUGGCCAAGGUGCUGCAAGUCAUCAAACCUGCAUCCACACUGCAAGAGCGUGAGGAGCAGAGCCAGCAGGCCAUAGCAGCUUAUUUGAAAAAUGCUCGUAAAGAUCAUCAGCGCAUCCUGGCUCGCAGACAGACUAUAGAAGAGCGCAAGGAGCGCCUGGAGAGCCUGAACAUACAGCGUGAGAAGGAGGAACUAGAGCAGCGGGAGGCUGAAAUGCAGAAGGUCCGCAAGGCAGAGGAGGAGCGCCUGCGCCAGGAGGCUAAAGAGAGGGAGAUGGAGCGCAUUAUGCAAGAGCAUGAGCAGAUCAAGAAGAAAACAGUGCGAGAACGGCUGGAGCAAAUUAAGAAGACUGAACUAGGAGCUAAGGCCUUCAAGGAUAUUGACAUUGAGGACCUGGAGGAGCUGGAUCCUGACUUUAUCAUGGCUAAGCAGGUGGAGCAACUGGAGAAGGAGAAGAAAGAACUUCAGGAGCGUCUGAAGAACCAGGAGAAGAAGAUUGAUUACUUUGAGAGGGCAAAACGACUUGAGGAAAUUCCUCUCAUCAAAAAGGCAUAUGAGGAGCAGCGUGUCAAGGACAUGGAACUGUGGGAGCUGCAGGAGGAGGAGAGGAUCAGUAACAUGAAAGUAGAACGGGAGAAGGCCCUGGAGCACAAGCAGCGCAUGUCACGCAUGAUGGAGGACAAGGAAAACUUUUUAUCUAAAAUAACUGCUGCUCGUAGCUUCAUUUAUGAGGAGAAACUGAAGGCAUUCCAAGAGCGCAUGGUGGAGGAAAGAAAGACUCGUCUGGAGGAAAGGAAGAGGCAGCGUAAAGAGGAUAGACGCAAGGCUUUCUACCUCCAGAAAGAGGAAGAAGAACAGCGCAUUCAUGAGGAACAGCUCAAAAAAGAACGUGAGGAGCGUGAGCGCAUUGAACAGGAGCAGCGAGAGGAGGAGGAGAGGGAGUAUCAGGAGCGCCUACGCAAACUUGAAGAGCAGGAACGGAAGCAACGUGCUCGUCAGCAGGAGAUCGAAGAGCGUGAGCGCCGUCGCGAAGAGGAGAGACGGACUGUCCCAGAUGAGAAAGCCAAGGACUGGGGUGAAAAAGAGGAGGGAGGCUGGCGGAAGCGCACUGAAGGGGAAUCAGAGUGGCGUCGUCCUGCACCUGACAGGGAAUGGAGGCAAGAGGGUCGUGAUGACGACAAGGAGGAGGGAGAGCCUUUCCGACGAGGAGAGGGUCUACGUAGGGUCGGAGAUGACAAAGGACCUCGUAGAGGUUAUGAUGACGAUCGAGGUCCACGUCGGGCUGGAGAUGAUGACCGUCCGUCCCGCAGAGGGAUGGAUGACGACCGAGGUCCACGCAGAGGUUUUGAUGACGACCGUGGUCCGCGACGGGGCUUUGACGACGACCGUGGCCCGCGACGGGGCUUCGACGACGACCGUGGCCCGCGACGGGGCUUCGACGACGACCGUGGCCCGCGCCGGGGCUUCGACGACGACCGUGCCCCGCGACGUGGCUUCGACGACGACCGUGGCCCGCGACGGGGUUUCGACGACGAUCGUGGCCCGCGACGGGGCUUCGAUGACGACCGUGGCCCGCGACGGGGCUUUGACGAUGACAGAGGUCCACGUAGAGGCAUGGAUGACUCCAGGGAUUCCAGGCGUGAUGAUGACUGGGGACCCAGAAGAGGAGGUGAUGACGACAGAGGUGGAAGAAGAGACGAUGACCCCGCACCCUGGAAGCCGCUCUGUAGACCGGGUGGUUGGCGUGAGCGAGAGAAGGCUCGGGAGGAGAGCUGGGGUCCUCCUCGAGGUGGCACCAAUGACGAACAAGAUGACAAUAAUGGAGAAGAACGACCCAGUGACCGCUUCAGAGACCGUCAAAGAGAGGACAGUGGCUGGAGAAAAUCAGAAGAAGGAAGAGGCGGUUGGAGAGAUUCUCGCCGAGAGGACACAGAGCGCCGUGGGGAACGCGAUGAUCGCCCACGUGACGGAGACCGCCGUGAUGAUCAACAAAGUGCCCCACCGAGAGACCAAAAUGAUGGAGGCCCCUGGCGUCGUGGUGGUGAAGAAACGCGUGAGGAACGAGAUGGGCCCAAGGAAAGGGAGAGGGAGCAUGAGCAUGACAAAGAUGCUGAGGGAGAGAAGAACUGGCGUUCAGACAAAGACAACGCUCGCCGCACAAAGAAUGAGACGGAUGAUGAUGGCUGGACCACUGUCCGCCGCUGAGUCCCAACAUCACUAAAGUGGCUCCAAAAAUGAUGGAAAGACAGAAUAGCCUUCGAUAUAUCAUCCCUCAUUUAGCUGGAUUAAAGAUUCUGAUAAUCCCUGUCUGUGUAUUGUUAACUUUUGAAUUUAAUGUCAAAACCUAUUUUUCCUGGGGAUGGAUAUUCCUUUUAAUACUGGUUGACUUUCAGCAGUUCUGAAUACCUGAGGCCUCAAGCAAAACAUCACUUUUAGACAUGAUAACCCCCAGGCAAUAGGAGUUGUAUCCAAAACAUUAUCAUUAGUAUAUUGUACAAUUUAUCAACCUCAGCUUCCAAUGCAAACUCAGUGAAUCACCAACUGCCUGUUUUAAACUGUUACGUUUCAUGUUGAUGUUACAUGAUGGCACUCAUACACAAAUGUCAACCGCUUGCAUACUCUAGUGUUCCCGAUUAUUAUUAUUAACGUUAAAUGAGUGAAAUAUCCCAUUUGAAGUGCGUGCUUCAAGUAUUACAUUUGCCUCAUCUAAAAGAGUUUGUGCUUUGCUUGCUGCAGUGACAUUGCUGUCACACCAGGUUGCAUGUGAACAGAUAAAGCCUUUAUUAAAAAUGUCUGACCUCCACUUUUUAGCAAAAGGCAUUCAAUGUUGACAUGGCUGAGUGUGCUCAUAUGAAGGGCCUUAAUUUCUAUUGAGGAGAAAUGGAACUGGCUACCAAACUAGUGCCAGUUAACGGUGAAUUUGCUGCCACUUGCAACAUUUAUGACAACUGUUGAGCGAGUCUGCGCACAUUUUCAGAUUUAGUUUUCGGCAGGUAAUGCAAAAUUACACGUUUGGGGGAAAAAAAGAUGCUUUGUUUUACUUUCAGCGAUCUUGAAAGUGUACAAGCUGUAUGUAUGCCACUGUCAAAUAUUCUAAGUACAUCCACACUAAAUUGAGCUGUGAAGUAGUGGUUCAUUAGCCUAAUAGCAUAGUUGCUGGUUGUUUGAAAGUUUCCAGGGGGCAAGGGACUUUAUUUUUUAUUUUAAAUAGCUGUCAUCCUAUAGCUUAAUUUCCAAUAAAGCUUACUGUCACAAUA